CCACUACUGAACAACAAAGGGCAAAUCAACUCAAUCAUGUCGUCCACCUCUACUGACCACCGAUUUAAAGACACCCUGUUCCCAAUCCAAGACUUUGUCCUUGGAUUUACUACAUGUCCUUCUGCGCCAGCACUACCCAAUCUGAUGAAUGCCACACUCUCUGAUUCUGCUCUUGGUAUUCACAAGAAUACAGGGAAACUAACUCACAAUGUAGUAUGCCCCCCUCCACCUAUUCGACCCUCCUCCCAUCCAGAGCCGCAGUUGGCUUGGGAGGCACGGUAUCCCAAGGGAAGUUGCAGCCCUAAGACGCCGUUACCUGGGGGCUUAGGCUUCUACCUCGCUGGACCUAAGACAUUUUCUAAUGCACUGGAGAGAGGUGCCGGGGAAGCCGUGUUCAGCUACCGGAUGAUGUUGCAGAAGGAUUGGGAGUGGGUCAAGGGUGGGAAGCUCCCCGGGGCGUACGGGGGCGUCGGCGAACUCGCCUACAGAUGCUCCGGAGGCCGCCAGCACGAUAGGUGCAAGUGCUUUAAUCUUCGCCUUAUGUGGAGAGAGAACGGCAUGGGAGAGCUCUAUGCUUAUACACCUCUAAAUGAAACCAAUAAGAGUGCACUCCUUGCGGUGCCCCCCUUUUCAAAGACGAACAGUGACUACGGUAUUUCUGUCGGGAAGGGUGCGUGGACAUAUGAGCCUGGAGUCUGGACGACCAUCGCGGAACGCGUCAAACUCAACACGGUUGGUGAAGCUAAUGGCGAAGUGCAAGUAUGGAUCAAUGGCGACUGCGUGAUUCAUGCCAGGGGUCUUGUAUUGCGGGUAGACGAAGAGUCGCAUAUCAAAGGAAUGCAUUUUCAGACAUUCUUCGGAGGUCAUACACCCGAUUGGGCUUCCCCUAAGGACCAGCAUGCUUGGUUUGCAGAUGUCUCAGGUGUCAUCGUGCACUAAGGUGCCAACUAACGGUUAGUAUACUCGUUUCAGAAGGGUUGUUGAAUAUGUACAAGGACAUGAGGAGCCAUACAUGUACGAUAGAUUGAAUUCCAGUGCUCAGCUGAUCGUCGA